AUGUCUAAAUCCGCCAUCGGCUCCUUCUCGUUCACUCGCCUCACGCUACACAGUUCGGAGGAGCUGAGCCAUGACGUCAAGAAGUUGCGUUUUGCCUUUCCCGACCCCGACACACGCAGCGGGCUUCCCCUUACCUCUGCGGUGGUUUCCGUCUCGUUUCCCCCAGGAAAUGGCCGUUGGACACCCGUGUUUCGACCAUAUACGCCCACCAGUGACCCUGAUGAACCAGGUUUCAUUGAGUUCAUGAUCAAGUUGUACCCGAAUGGAAAGCAGAGCACGCUCAUGCACAGUUUGAAACCUGGCGACUCGCUGUACUUCUUCAAGGUUCCUUCCGUGGUUUGGAAGCCAAACCAGUACCGCCGUGUAGUGCUCAUUGCUGGCGGCGCGGGAAUUACGCCAAUGUACCAAUUGCUGAAAGGAAUUCUGUCCAACCCUGAAGACCAGACGCAAGUCACACUUGUGUGGGGCGUCAACUCAGACGCAGACCUCUUUUUGAAAGAUGAAUUCGCUCAUCUCAAGGCACACCAUCCGGCUCAAUUCCAAAGCCAUUAUGUGGUUUCGCAUCCAGUCGAGGGCUCGCAGCAUGAGAAGGGGUAUGUGACCAAGGAAGUGUUGCAACGAGUGGGAUUGGCCGGCGUUGGGACAAGCGGAAUGAGGGUUUUGCUCUGCGGACCACCAGCAAUGGAGAAUGCGCUCACAGCCAAAGGGGGGCCAUUAAUCCAAUUAGGGUUUUCGACAGCCCAAAUCGAGAAAUUCUAG